AUGCAGAGCAAGAAGAAAGAGGUGAUAAGAUUGGAAAGGGAAUCAGUAAUUCCUAUUCUGAAACCAAAGCUGAUCAUGACCUUGGCCAACCUCAUUGGAAGAAGCCUUUGGCUCAGCCUUUGCAGUAACAAUUGUAUGAUUGAGUCUUUGAACAUUUUUGCAGAACAUGGUACUGACAGGGCUGAGUUUCUAAAACUAUGUAAGAGAGUUGAGUACACCAUACGAGCUUGGUAUCUUCUGCAGUUUGAAGAUUUGAUGCAACUGUAUUCUCUCUUUGACCCUGUGUCUGGGGCUAAGAAAUUGGAGCAGCAGAACCUAUCUCCCUCUGAAAUUGAUGUACUUGAACAGAAUUUCCUGACGUACUUGUUUCAGGUGAUGGAUAAGAGCAACUUCAAGAUAACAACUGAUGAGGAGAUUGAUGUUGCACUCUCAGGACAAUAUCUUCUAAAUCUUCCAAUCAAAGUUGAUGAGUCCAAGCUUGACAAGAAACUUUUGAAGAAGUACUUUGAUGAUCAUCCUCAUGAAAACCUCCCAGACUUUGCUGAUAAGUAUGUUAUCUUUCGGCGUGGGAUUGGACUUGAUAAAACAACUGAUUAUUUUGUCAUGGAGAAAGUGGACAUGCUCAUUGGACGGUUUUGGGCAUUUCUUUUAAGAGUAACUCGGCUAGAAAAAUUUUUUGCAAGAAAGUCAAGUCGACAGCGUAAGAAAGAUGUAAAGAAGAAUGAUGACCUUAACUCUGAAGCAGAUCAGGAUGAUUUAUAUGUCGAAAGAAUUCGACUGGAAAAAUUGGAUAUAAGGUUGUGUGAUACACAAACAUCAAAUUCCAAGCAAUUGCAUUCUGGGGGAUGUGAUUCUGGGGAGGCAUCUAACAUUCCGCCUGAAAAGAAAAACCCUGGGUUAACUCCAAUGGACUGGGUCAAGUUCCUGAUUUCUGCUGUAGUUGGGCUGGCUGCUGUAAUUAGUUCAGUCGAAAUGCCCAAGGCUGAUAUUUGGGUCAUUGUUGCUGUCCUUUCCACAGUUGUUGGUUACUGUGCUAAAACAUACUUCACGUUUCAGCAAAAUUUGGUUGCAUAUCAGAACUUAAUAACACAGUCGAUGUAUGAUAAACAACUAGAUAGUGGAAGGGGUACUCUUCUUCACCUGUGUGAUGAUGUGAUUCAACAGGAAGUUAAAGAGGUUAUUAUUUCCUUCUUUACAUUGAUGGAACAGGGCAAAGCUACUAGGCAGGAUUUGGAUUUGCGCUGUGAGGAACUAAUUAAAGAAGAGUUUGGUGAGAGCUGUAAUUUUGAUGUGGAUGAUGCAGUUGAAAAGUUAGAGAAGCUGGGCAUCGUUGCUCGGACAUCCAAAAAGGACCAGUUGGAUGAGCAGGCAUUUCUGCAUCAUCUAAAUAAGUUGUUAAAAGCUUCUGUUACCCAAGUAUUUCAAUUUGUUGUGCCUGCAAAGGAUUCUCUCGGACGAUAUUUUUGUGUUGGGCUAAAACGUGCUAAUGAGAUUAUUGGCACCACAACUGAAGAGCUCGUCCUCAAGGCAAAGCACGGUGUUGGCUCAUCCACAAAAUGUAGCAGAUCUGAUUGUGAUGAAUUCCUAAAGCUCUGUCAGAAAGUUGAAUACACAAUUAGAUCUUGGAAUUUGGUUGUUUUCUUCGGUGAUGAUCAGCAAUUGUAUUCCUUCUUCGAGCCUAUUCAUGGUGCUAGAAAAUUGGAGCAGCAGAAUCUCACUCCUGAAGAAAUCGAUGCUUUUGAGCAGAAUUUCUUAACCUCUUUAUUUCAGGUGAUGGAAAAGAGUAAUUUCAAAAUAGCUACUGAUGAGGAGAUUGAAGUUGCACUCUCUGCACAAUAUCGUCUUAAUCUACCAAUUGUAGUUGAUGAACAUAAGCUUGACAAGAGGCUUUUUUCAAGGUACUUUGCGAAGCAUCCCCAUGAUAACCUUCCAUACUUUGCUGAUAAGUUCAUAAUCUUCCGACGUGGUUUUGGAAUUGAUCAGUUGAAUAGUUACUUUAUCAUGCCGAAAAUAAAUACCAUCAUUGCCCGUUUCUGGAGAUGUUUUCUGAAAGUAACCGGGUUAAGAAGACUUUUCUUCAGAAAGCCAAACGCACAUAUUAAGGAAGUUCCAAAAUCUGUUGAAAUCAGCAUAGAUGGAGGUGAUGAUGAAGGUUUAUAUGUUGAACGGAUCCGCAUUGAGAAAAUGAAACUCAGUAUAUCUAAUCUCCUGGGCAAGGUUACAAUCCAAGAACCUACAUUUGAUCGAAUAAUUGUUGUUUACAGGCGAGCGAGUACCAAAAAAGAAACAGGACGGAAUAUAUAUGUGAAGCAUUUUAAGAAUAUUCCAAUGGCUGAUAUGGAGAUAGUACUUGUGAGUUUCCUGUUUACUUGCAUUGCUGUUGUUAUCAUCAUUGUCAUUGUCCCAGAAAAGAAAAAUCCCGGUUUAACUCCAGUGGACUGGGUCAAGUUCAUUGUCUCUGCUGUGAUUGGACUGGUUACUGUAGUUAGUUCGCUUAGCAAUCCUAAAGCUGACAUCCGGGUGAUUCUUGCUAUCCUGACAUCAGUGGUUGGAUACUGCGUUAAAACAUACUUCACAUUCCAGAAUAACUUGGUUUCAUAUCAGAGCUUAAUCACAAAGUCUGUGUAUGACAAACAACUGGACAGUGGAAGGGGUACUCUUCUUCACUUAUGUGACGAAGUGAUUCAACAGGAAGUAAAAGAGGUGAUUGUUUCAUUCUUUAUCUUGAUGGUCCAAGGAAAAGCCACCAGACGGGAACUUGACCAGCGUUGUGAAGAACUUAUUACUGAAGAAUUCAGUGAAAAAUGUAAUUUCGAUGUGGAUGAUGCUAUUCAGAAGUUAGAGAAGUUAGGUAUUGUUGCUCAGGAUCCUACUGGAAAGUACGCAUGCACAGACCUGAAGCAUGCUAAUGAGAUUAUCGGCACCACAACGGAGGAGGUGGUGCUUAAAGCCAAACAAGGUGAUGGCAGUUUUAGACAUUGA